AUGACUAUGGUCAUUGAUCAACAAAGUCGUCACUACGGCGGCGUCCCCAACUUCGACCACAUGUACGGCAGCAACAUGCAGUCACAGACAAACUUCAGCGACCCUUGGUCGCAUCAGACCAGCAGUCAGCAGGCAUACUCUACCAUCCCCAAGACUGAGACAUCGCGACCGCAACUGUCUCUGCCGUACUCCAUGCCGCCGGUCUCUGCGCCGUUAGCUUCAGGUAGCCAGUUCUCCAAUCUUGGUUACAACGUGACAGACGGACUAAAUGUUGGUCAAGAUAUCUCCAGAUCAGCAUAUACCGAGCAGCCAACAUAUUCUCAAGCGCCCCAGCAGCCAGCUGAUAAUCGAUCAAAUCCAGGCUUCAAUGAGCUUGACGCAUCCCGAGGCAUGAUUGCUUUGAGUCACGCCAACGUUGCAGAUUUGACACCACGCAACAUAUACGAGGCACGUCAACGCGGUUCAAUGGAAUCCUACGGUUUCCCAUCGCAAGCUUCUGCCCAUUCCUCGAUUUCUGCAGAAUCAGGUCGUGGAUUCCCAUACUACGCCUCUAGUGUCGGAUCAGUAGCGGAUUCUGCGACGGAUUACAGCUCUGCGGCAAGCGAUUCGGGUUACGAUCCAAUGUCGCGCACAUUGCCUCGACCGACAGGCUUAAUGCAACACUUGGGACCUCCGGCGCCGGCGUCAAUGAUGGGUUCUUUCUCAUCCAAAAUGUCAGCAAACACGCAAAAGAAGCACAAGUGCAAGGUUUGCGACAAGCGAUUCACGCGACCUAGCUCUCUGCAGACGCACAUGUACAGCCACACAGGCGAGAAGCCUUUUGCCUGCGACUACGAUGGUUGUGGACGACAUUUCUCCGUUGUCAGCAAUCUACGCCGCCACAAGAAGGUCCACAAGGGCGAGAAUGCCUCAGUCACUUCGGAAGAACCAGAAGACUGA